GGGUGAAAAUGUCCCUAAAAGCUGCCACCAGCAACAUUACAAACAAGAAUGAUCCCAAGUCACUAAAUUCAAGGGUUUUCAUUGGAAAUCUGAACACAGCGGUGGUGAAGAAGAGUGAUGUGGAAUCCAUCUUUUCCAAGUAUGGCCGGGUGGUGGGAUGUUCUGUGCACAAAGGAUAUGCAUUUGUACAGUACCUGAAUGAGCGGCACGCACGUGGGGCUGUCCUUGGAGAGAAUGGACGAGUUCUGGCUGGGCAAACCCUUGACAUCAAUAUGGCAGGAGAACCAAGACCAAACCGACCGAAGGUUCUAAAGAGAGCUGCAGCAGCGUUGUACAGGACAAGACAGAGAAAGUUAUUAGCAAUGAAAAACAGCAGCUACGAUUUUGAUUUUGAUUAUUACCGUGAUGACUUCUAUGAGAGGCUGUUUGAAUACAGAGGAAGAGUGUCCCCUGCCCCUCGAACUGUACCAAUUAAACGCCCUCGUGUGUCAGUGCCUCUGGUGAGACGGGUAAAAUCAACUCUGCCAGUCAAGCUACUUGCCAGAUCUGCAGCGAUUACAGGGAGUGCCGCCCGAUUGAAAUUGAGAAGUAAUGAAAUCCAAACGAUUAAAUCAGAGCUCACUCAAAUCAAGUCAAACAUUGAUGCUUUACUAGGUCGUUUGGAGCAAAUAACAGAUGAACAGAAACCUUGCACGGCCAUCUCUGUCAGGAAGAAGUCAGACUGCAGCCGAAGUGAGUUCUCCCAGGACGAUAGCACAUCAGAAGCAGGGGACACAAACACAGAUGAGCCGCUUAAUGGAGAUGAGGGAGAAGAUCUGACUCAGGAUGACAGCACAGAUGACCUGCCUAAUCUAAAGGAUCCUGUACUGCAGGGGAAUGGAGUAACCCAACGAGUGAAAGCAAGUUCAUUCUGCUACAACUGACCCCUUAAUUCCAAGGAUUAUAUCUCUAGAUGGAGAAAACACAAGUGUAUUUUACAUUUGAUCAAUAACAAACAUGCUGCAAUUUAAUGGUUAAACAUAUACCUGAUAAUUCUGCCAGUAUAAUCCCAAAAUGAUUUGGCCAGUACAAGACUGUUCUAGAUAAUCUUGGCUAAGGUUUUUUUCAUAUUUGGGGCAGAAUUAGAAAGAAAACAUAACAUGCUAUACCAGAAAUGACUCUUCUUUUCUAAUUGCCCAAAAAAUACUGAGAUUCUGUAGAUGAAGUGGACAAACUCGUAAUGGAAUUCGCAUAUAUAUGAGUAAUGUGGGAGGGAGUGAAAGAGGGAGGCAUGAGAUUGCAGGUAUUAUGGGAGGGUAAGAUUUAAAUGAAACAGAUGUAUGUGUGUAGAAAUACUUUGUAUAACAAUAUAUAUAUAAAAAUAAAUUUACAAAUAUGAACAUAUAAAAAUAAUGUGGUGCGUGUACCACAUAGAAAUUUGAGAUUACAGAUAUAUACAAACAGACACACAGAGAGAAUUACAAUUUACAAAUAAAUAAAUAGUAUUUAUUCCUUACUUCUGAUAAUGAACGUUUAAUUCAUUAGUAAAAGAUGAACCACAAGGUCUUGAAACUGCACAAAUAUUCUAAGGUGCCAAUUAAAAAAGAAAAAAAAAACUAUAAAAUUUUAGAGUACAAAGUAAAUUAGCAUUUCCCACCCAUAAUUCCUUUAAGUACAUACGAUUUUGGGGAAUUUUAAGCACAAAGCUGGUUCUCUGAACUCUGUUGGUUGUUGUUAACGCACACAAUUGUUCUUAUUUCCUGUAUUUUAUUCAUUGAGAAAUUCUAUAAAGUAUUUUGCCCUGCAACAACGUUUAGGAAAACUGAGGUUGUAAUACAUAAUGUACUUAAAACAAAUAUUAGGGUUAAGUAUAAAAUAAGCCAUCUUUUACCCAUUUAACAUAUUGCAAAAUGGCCCCUCUACCUUUUGAGUCAUUGCUAAGAAAUAAUAAAACAGAUUAUUUUUGAUGCAAGUCAAUUUAAAAAUAAAUGUAAUGUAUGUUAAACUAAAUCUAAAUAUGUCUGUCACACAAACAAAAUAGCAAUAGCUGUGCACCACCAGAGGAAAUAUUAGCUUUGGAGUCUUGCUAGUUUAACUUACACUACAAAAACGGUUCAUUGCAUCAUCGCUUUACACUGGGGUGGUAACAAGGUGCAGUUUGUAAAUAAAGAUGAUGUAAUUAAAAUGUUUUCUAACUUUUUUUAAAAUACCUUAUUUAAAUACAAAUAUAUGUACUGCUUCUUUCUGGGUAUAUAUUGUGAUGUGGGUGUGAGUAUAAUGUUGAGAUGAGAGGCAACGUGUAAUUCUGAGGUAGCAAUGACACAGAUGUUUUACAUAUAAGUGUGUACAUUUAUAUUGUGUGUCUACCCUUGGAGAGAGUGGAUAAUCAGUGCCAACUGGUCCUGUAAAUAUGUGUAUAAUAAAGGUCUAAAAAUUGUUUUAGAUUUA